CAUCGAGCUCAGUACUCAGUCAGCGUCCAGCCCGAAGAGUAGCGUCCCCUUGCGAAGGUUCUAAGAUUACAUCAGAUUUAUAUAUGAGCCCUCUAAAGAGAUUUUUGGGCUUGCCAUUUGGAUGGCUAUUGCUUUCUAUCCUUGUGCUAUGUGCCGUCGGUUUGCCCACGUCGUUCGAAGGCCAUGACGAUCCUGACCCUACUAUCAACGAAGACUACGUUGAGAUUUCAUUUAAUACAAUGCCACCCACCUUAAAAGAAGCCUCAACGUCAAAACCCGAGGAUCAAUUCAUCGAUCUCACCCAAUCAAACCAAUGCGGUAAGUCUGCGAGUGGUAUUGUGCCCAAAGAUGGAACCCUUAAUUCGACUUAUCAAUCGGAAUACGGCGCCUUCCCCUGGAUGACAGCCAUCUUCCACAACGGCCAAUUUAUUGCUGCCGGCAGUCUGAUCCGAUUGGAUAUUGUCCUAACGUCUAAGGAUUCAGUGAGGGAAAUACCGCAGAAUGAACUUCAAGUGUAUGCCGGCGCGUGGGACCUCCGACGUUCGGGGGAGAAGUAUUCUAAGCUCAAUCGCUCUGUGAUUGAUAUUGCAGCUCGGGAUAAUAUCGCCAUUCUCUUUUUGAGCACGCCCUUCUUCAAUCCGCCGAGCAUACAGGCAAUCUGCCUGCCUCAGACAGAUGCGGUGUUCACCGAAAUCGACUGCAAGACUAUAGGCUGGAGUCAGCCCUCCGACACCAGCACCUACACCAGCCAGUCAGAUAUACUCUGGUUCAGAAAGAACGUCGUCCUGCCUCGAGAGGAUUGCGAAAGUGAAUACAAUCUCCUGGGCAACAGGACCCUGGAACCCGACGUCUUCUGUGCGAUAGAUGUGUCCAACGAGCUUAGCCCUCUAAAUAGUGGCUCAGGGCUCUUUUGUGUAAAUGGAUCCAGUAAACACUCGGUUCUGGCAGGAGUGUCUCUUUCAAGCAGGGACUGGAGCUUGGAUAAUCGGCCUGCUCUUUUUGCUAAUAUUCCUCAUUAUUUGGAAUGGAUUCAGCGGGAACUGUCCGAGGACGAGACGAACGAAAAUCAACCUUCUUGAUGAAAAAAAAUUCCAAAACACUCUAUAUUUCGUCUUUAAAAAGAUUAUUUUCAAAUACUCGUAUUAUUUUGAAUGUACACAGUAUAAAAGUACUUUGAUUCUUUUCAUUACUUAUCAGCCGAACAUUUUGAUUUUUACUUGAUCGUCUGUCUGUCAGCGCAUUCGGCUCUGUCUGCGUAAUUUGGCGUCGCAGUUUCAGAGAUUUAGGUUGAUAAUGUGCAUCGACAUUAGUUGUCUAAAGAACGAAAUUGAAAAAGAUUGAAUGCAAUUACCUAAACAUGUUUUUAUUGUUUCUAUUAGUUAUAAUAAUGAUACUCGUAUAUCUUUUCGCUUUCGAAUAUUAAUAUAGCCUAUACAUAUACUAUCGAGAAAUAAAAAAAACUGCAGCAAUUUAUUUGUAUACCCAAUA